AUGCCAGGAAGACUUUCUUGGUUCCUCUUCCUCCUGAUCGGGAGUCUCUCCUGGAACCCCUCAAGCUCCUCAGCUUCAUUGAAGACCCUCGAACUCACAGCUCCAGGGGCUUCUUCAGCAGUGGAGACACCCAAUGGGGUCUACGAGGUGAAGGGAGGCCAGCAACUAGACUGGAGGCGUGCCCAUGACUUCUGUGAUCAGCGUUUUGCCCAACUGGCUUUGGAGCCCCAAGACGGUGCUGUGACUGAGUUACUUCAGCGACAAGUACAAGGUCCCAUCUGGGUGGGUCAGAGGACAGUCUUGCCACAGAGACCCCAGCAAAGGCGUACAUACAUGCUGCCCUGCCUGGUGUUUGAGAUGCAGACAGCCACAAAAUAUGCCAGGCUGUUGGUGGAUUUUCCCAUGCUGGCUGCCAUCACAGUGUGUACCCAUAUACAGUGGGACCUAGCCACAGAUGAGGUGGGCACCGUCUUCUCAUAUGCUGCCCCAGCCUUCGCCAAUGAGCUUCAGCUGCGUGGCUUCACUGCCCAUGAUGGAGUGGUUCACUUGGCCCUUGUUGUCCACGGGCACCAUUCCCCCUAUCUGCCUGUCUUCUCUGCUGAUGGGAGGUGGCACCAUGUUUGUGCCACCUGGGAGGAGCGGAGUGGUCAGUGGGCUCUUGUGACUGAUGGCAAGCUGCAGGCAGGGACCCAGAGCCUGUCCCCAGCCCAAUCCUUGGCUCCGGGAGGCAUGUUUGUUAUUGGGCAAGACCAAGACUCGUUGGGUGGUGGUUUCAAGAAAGAAGAGGCCUUCAGAGGCAACAUCACAAAUCUAUAUGUCUGGGCCCAAGUACUGGGCCUGGAUCAGCUGGAUAUGGCCCGAGUGUGUGAGGUACCUGAAGAUGGGCUUCUUUUUGGCUGGAGUCGCUGGGCCCUGGAGAUCGAGUCCACACUCCAAGAGGUCGUGCUGCCGUUCAAGUGCCCUGUACCCAUAGAAGAAUGCCCAACUUUGGAUGCCAGCAAUGGAACACUGGGUUCUGAGCAGUGCCUACGGCCCCUUCCUUUCCUCUGCCAUUACAGGACAGAGGUAUAUUGGCGACUGAAGGAAGUCCAGAAAACAGCAGAUGGAGAGUUUAUCAGCCGGGUCAACACUCUGGCCAACACUACCAUGCUUUCCAGAGAUGGUUUUCGAGAAGACCCUGGGUCCCUGAGUAUGCCUGAGGCUACCAGCUUCUUGGGGGUCCUGGAACAGGUCCUGGCAGCAGAGGAGACCCCCCUGCAGCCAGCUGACCUGCUUGCUGUGGUGAGCUUCCUGAAGAGGGUUGUUGCUGUUGAGGUCAGAGGUCAAGACCCCCCUGGGCAGCAAGAACAUCUCAGCCAGAACUUCUUGGCAGUGGUUGGCCUUCUCUUGGAGGAGCAAACUGAAGCCCAGUGGCUGGAGAUUAAAGAGAUCAUCAGAAGUCCCAUGGUCCUGGUGGAAAGUGUGAACCGCAUUGCCACCAGCCUGAGCCUGCUCCUCACAGCCGAGAGACCCAACAUCUCCAUCCAGAAGGGCCCUAUUGGCAUCGAAGCUAGAAGCCUGAACCUGAGAGACUUGACCAGUGGUGACUUAUUGGAGAUUCCAGGUGGGCCGGAGUAUAUCCAAGUGCCCUUUGAGGAAGUUAGAAGACUUCAAGGAAGAGGUCUCUCCAGAGUCACUGUGAUCAACACCUGGUUUGUCUACAGUGCCCUCCAGCACUCCUUGGGGUGGGAAGGGCAGGACGGUGGCAAGGUCCUCAGUCAAAAUGUCUCCAUAUCUGAUGAAAGGCAAAAGUACCUAAGCACCCAGGUGGGGUCAGCCAUCAUCUCAUCCACAGUUCUGGUCAACCUCCAGGAGAUCAGCACAGCCGUGCAUUACCAUCUUCUACACCGGACCCAGGGCUUUUCAGAUAAACUCGUGGAGCCUGUCUGUGCCUUCUGGAAUUUCAGUAGCAGCCCUGAGGCUGGGGGCUCCUGGUCCAGCAAAGGAUGUUCAGUGAUUGCUCAGCACCCAGGGUCUACCUCCUGCUUCUGCAACCACAGCACCAACUUUGCCAUCCUCUUACAGGUGUAUGACAUCCAGAGGAGCUCUGAUGAGGAGUCUGUGCUGAAGACCCUCUCUUUCAUCGGCUGUGGUGUGUCCUUUUGUGCCCUUAUCACCACCUUCAUCCUUUUCCUGGCUGUUGGGCUCCCACAGUCUGAAAGAACCACCGUUCACAAGAACCUCAUCCUUGCUCUAGCAGCAGCUGAAGCCCUUCUCAUGUUCAGUGAAUGGGCAAAAGCCAAGAAGGCAAUGUGCAUGGUGCUGACAGCCUUCUUGCACCUCUUCUUCAUGGCUGCCUUUACCUGGAUGCUGGUCGAGGGCCUCCUGCUGUGGAGCAAGGUCGUAGCUGUCAACAGGAGUGAGGAUCAGCGGAUGAAAUUUUACUACAUGAUAGGCUGGGGUAUCCCAGUGGUCAUUGUAGGUGUCACUCUGGCUUCUUCCUUUGAUGGCUAUAUGGCUGAUCAUCACUGCUGGCUUAGCUUGCGAAAUGGGGUCAUUUGGGCCUUUGCAGGACCUGUCCUCUUUGUAUUGACUGUGAAUACCUUCAUCCUAUUCCGAGUGGUGAUAGUCACCGUGUCCAGUGCCCGGCGCCGUUCCAGAAUGCUGAGCCCCCAACAUAGCCUGGAGAGGCAGAUUGGAGUCCAGAUAUGGGCAACAGUGAAGCCUGUGUUGGUGCUGCUGCCAGUUCUGGGCCUGACUUGGCUGGGCAGCAUGCUGGCACACCUCAGUAUGGCAUGGGCAUAUGUGUCCAUCAUCCUCAACUCUUUCCAGGGGCUGUACAUAUUCCUGGUCUAUGCUGUCUACAACAGUGAGGUUAGACUUGCCAUACAGAGGAUGAAGGAGAAGAAGAAAGCUCUCUUAUUCACAGUAAGUAUGGCACCUCUCUUGGAGUCUUCCUUAGGGCAGGCCCAAGCCAGCAGGGGAAUUUGUGACUUACAGAACUGUUCCCGGACAAUAAACUACCCAUCCAGCCCAAGGAACACAGCUUCCUGGGAGACGAAGAAAGGAAAUCCUCCUGGCCCCACCAGCAGCAUCUCUGCCCCAGCCCCAGCCACCCGGACCCCACCCCAAAGGAGCAUCAUCCACCAAGGGAAUCUUGGUGCUAAAAUCCCAGGGGGUUUUUCACCCAUCAUGUCAUCGGAGAAGUCAAUGGAGAAACGGAGGCCCAGAGAUGAGGAAGGUCACAAGAGGAGACCAGUGAGCCCUUUCCCACAGACCCCUAAACUCUGA